UGCAGUAGAGCACCAAAUCUUAAUUUACUUAUCAACUGCAAACAAAGAUUAACCAGUAGAAAUAAGGGCGCAUUACCAUUUGUAUCUCAAUCCCACGAGCCUGUAAUAAAAUUUAAUCGCACGAAGCUCGCAUUUUCCCAGAGUUCGAAACAAAUCGAUAAGUAAAAAAAAAACAUAAAUUAUGGCUUUACAAUAAUUAGAAACUCAAAAGUAAUUAAAUUGCCUAAAAUUACGUAUCAGUCUGCGAUAUUUUUUGAUAACUCAUGAUCAUUUUUUUUUCAAAAAAAUGUUUGACUUUGCUUUUGUUAAUGCAAUAAUUGUUAUUUUGGCUGAAAUCUUAGACACUAACAGAGCCUAUGCCGCACCAAGUCAAUUCGGCUACUCGCUAAAAGCAGCCAACGAACCAAAAUACUAUAUGCGAAAAGCAUUCAUGCGUGAAAACAUUAUUCGUGGUAGACUGAGUCAUCGAGCAGUUGCGGUAGACGAAGUGUUCCGAGAGCCGAUGGACGCAGUGGCCGAAAUAUACGACUCAAAUGGAUACGACUACUCGGAAUCUGAAGGGAGAAAGUCGUUAGAAAUAGUGCUCGGAUUUGAAUCCGAAUGCAAGUUACGAGAAACUGUUUUAGAGCUGCAAUAUACUGAGAAUCUUCUUGAAACGGAGCCGAAGACAGCCACGAUAGUGGAGUGCAUAGGGUCCUGUUAUGAGGGGGGCUGUGUGUGCAGUGAAACAAGUGGGGGGCAGGACUUCCUAGUUGAGGUGACAGUUUGGAACUACACUCAAUCAGAGGCUUACGAAGACAAAUACAUCAAACUUCACAAUGCCACUCAGUGUCAAUGUGUAGAGGUGCUUGAUAGAAAGUAGAAUUACAAAUUAAAAGUAGAAGAAUAAAUAAAGAUAGAAUCACUCUGAGUACUGAUAACUCUAUGUAAAUUUUUGUAAUCAAAAUAAUAGGUUGUUUCUAAGUGAGGUCAUUACAGAAGAAAAAAAAUAAGGAAUUCUUUUGCAAAAAUAUAACUUGAGAGAGCACCAUAAAACUAUAGUCACUUGGAAAGAGUUUAUCAUGAUUAUUAUAACAAAUUACAAUUGGGAAGCUCAAAAAACUCAACGAACUUUAUCUAAUAUGUAUUUUUUUCUACCACAAACAGAAAAAACACAGUAAAAGGACUUGUUUGAUAAUUUCGCCUUCAAUUGCAUGAAAACAUAAAUAGAAGAGGUUGGAUUUUUAGUUUAUUUCUCCUAUAGAACUUAUUAUUCUCAAAUAAGUGUAAAAAAAAAUAUUUUUCACCUACAUAGCCUUCAUACGCAGUCAUAUCUAAACGCGAUCAAGUUUAAGUCCAUCGAAAAACUGAAUUGAAACUUUUAUGUUAGUCGAAU